UAUUUUGUUUCUCUCUCUCUCUCACAACGGCUCUCUCUGUCUCUUUCUCUCUCUCUCUCCGUCGACAAUUUUCUCGGAAAAACUUUUCUCCCCACGCGAGAAUCUGAGUGUCAAUAACAUGAGGUGUACUCGAUUCCUCCGGUUAUGAAUCCUACCCACAACAACCCAGUCGCAGCUUCAGCACUAGCUCCGCCGCAGCCUCACCGUCCUUCCACCUCCUGCGAUCGUCACCCGGAGGAGCGUUUCACCGGAUUCUGCCCCUCUUGCCUCUUCGAGCGUCUCUCCGUUCUAGACAUCAGCACCGUCGCGUCCUCUUCCUCCAGAAAACCGCCGUCGUCCUCCUCCUCCGCCGCAGCUCUCAAAGCAAUCUUCAAGCCGUCUUCUUCCUCCUCCUCCUCCUUCCCGGAACUUCGGAGGACGAAAUCGUUCUCGGCGAGAAAGAACGAAGCUUUAUUCUCUCUGGGCGCGUUUGAGCCGCAGAGGAGGUCGUGCGAUGUUAGAGUAAGGAACACUCUCUGGUCUCUGUUCAACGAAGACGCCGAGCGUAUAAAGGAGGGAGCUUUAACGGUAAAGGAGGGAGCUUUAACGGUAAAGGAGGGAACUUUAACGGUCAAUCGUGAGAUUAAUCUCGAAACUAGAAAGCCCAAGUCCCCUGUUUUCGAGGAGGGCAUUGAUUGUGGGAAGAAGUUAAAGGAACAGAGAAGCGUAAUCGACGAGAUCAUCGAAGAAGAAGAGGAAACAGAGGAGAAGGAGAAGGAGAAGGUGAAAGAGCACAUGGAGUUGAAUCCUCAGACGACGGCGAAGAAACCCACCAGGAGUUUCUGGUCGGCGGCGUCGGUUUUGAGCAAGAAGCUACAGAAAUGGAGACAAAAGCAGAAGCUUAAGAAGAGCGCCGCCGCAUUACCGGUGGAGAAGUCAGCCGUGAGGCAGCUCAGAGACACUCAGUCCGAAGUAGCGGAGUACGGCUACGGGCGGAGAUCGUGCGACACGGAUCCGAGAUUCUCAAUCGACGCCGGAAGAUUCUCUCUUGACGCCGGUAGGGUUUCGGUGGACGACCCUCGCUACUCGUUCGACGAGCCGCGCGCUUCUUUCGACGGGUAUAUGAUCGGGAGAGCGGCGGCGGCGGCGGCUCCGCCGCGAAUGCCGUCAAUGUUAUCAGUCGUGGAGGAUUCUCCGGUUAGUAAUCUUGUUCCGGUGGAAGAGCCACCACCACCACCGCGAACGCCACCAGAGAGUGUUGUCCCUGGUGGAUCUGAACAGACGCGAGAGUACUACAACGACUCGUCUUCACGGCGGAGGAAGAGUCUGGACCGUUCUAGCUCCACAAGGAAGAUAUCAGCUUCAAUCAUCUCCGAGAUCGAUGAACUGAAACUGUCGGGUUCCAACACUAAAGUGUCUCCUCCUCGAGACAGAGAGGUAAAGGACUCGGCUUUACGUUCCCAUUCGCGUUCACAUUCGAGUUCACUGAGGGGAGACUGCUCCGUUGAGAACUUGGAGGUGGAGUCCAGCAAGAAAGGGACUACUAAGAAGUCUAAGAGAUGGAGUUGGAACAUAUUUGGGAUGCUUCAUAGGAAAAAUGAGAAGAGAUUCGAAGAAGGAAGAGGCAGUGUUGAUAGAACGUUCUCAGGGUCGUGGAAUGUAGAAGCUAGAAAUGGGUUUGAUCCGAAGAUGAUGAGGAGCAAUAGUAGUGUGAGUUGGAGAAGUUCAGCUCCUGGAAGUGGAGGGUUUCACCGGAACAGUGUUGAUGGAUACGUUAGUGGUAAGAAGAAGGUUAGUAGUAGUAGUAGUAGUGUUGGGAGAAAGGUUGAGAAUGGUGUGUUGAAGUUUAACUUGACGCCUAGUAAAGGAAGGCGAACAGGAAGCAUGGAUUCGACGAGCCGGCCGGUUCCGGCUGCUCAUCCGCUGGCUAGAAAUGUCAUGAAUUUUUACUGACCAAAUUGUUAUGAAACUCAAAAAUCUUUUUCUUUAGAUGUAGUUGAAAUAAGUGUGGUGGUGAAUGAAGUUGUAUUGAGUGAGAAUGUUCAGUCUGAUUCUUGUGUUAGGAUUUGGUUGUUCAGUUUUAGAAUUUCUUUGGUAUACAUAACCUUUAGUUGAUUACAUUUUUUCUUACUAGUA